AUGGAGGAACAAAAGUGCUCUCUGCCUUCCAUCUCCAACCUUUUGGGUUUGGCCGAUGCCGGCUCACCUACUAGCGAGUCAUCGCCCACUUCAAGACAACACUCUCCUCGAUUUGAAGUUGCCCCUUCACACAGCCGAGGUGGAUCAGAAUGGGCCAGGUCAUCGCAUCGUGGACUUCCCCCAACACCACCUAUGAGCACAGAUACUUCAUUCGAAAGUUACAGCUCUCCUCCCAGAAAACACUCCAGCCAGCCAUACCAAGGCACCACUCCAAGGGCAUACUACUACGAGACCACCCCUCCAUUAGAAGCCGAUGCUCAACGUCAAGCACCAGUGCCAACUAUCCCUCGAGCAACGCCUCCCGCCCCAGCUCCUUAUACUCACCAGCCUCAUCCCGCGACUUACGCCAACCCUCCGCCAGUAGGCGCUUAUUACCCUCCGGCUCAGGCACCUACUUCCGCCGCUCAGCCUCCUGAGCUCAACCCAUACUACCAGCGCCCUCUUCCUCAAGCAUACCCUCCUCCAGUAACCAUGCCAGCGCCUGCUCCAUCAGGCUCCAACCCAUGGCAACAUCACCACUACCUUAACCCAACUGGUGCUGCCGCUUUCCCGCAAAGCCAGGAUCGAUAUAUCUGCCCGACUUGCAACAAGGCCUUCAGCCGACCCAGCAGUCUCAGGAUCCACAGCCACUCCCACACCGGAGAGAAGCCUUUCAAGUGCCCACAUGCCGGUUGCGGUAAGGCUUUCAGUGUACGUAGCAACAUGAAGCGUCACGAGAGAGGCUGCCACAGCUUCGAGUUCAACGGAUCGGUGAUUCGAGGAUGA